CCAGCCGUACAGAGAGCAGCUGGAAGAGGCAGCAAGCAGCAACGAGCUGUAGCGGAAAGGCACGAAAGCUGACUGGUGAACUGAGCUGGCGAGCAGCACAGACACCAGCAGCAGCAACAGCAGCUGGACUAUAAGAUCAUCCAGCAGCCGAAGGUACACUGUUGGGUUACCGCCAACAAGAUUCACUACAACUGUUAUUACAAUCAUUACGUUACGAAUAAUACGCGCAUCGUUCGGCAGCCAGUCUGAGUUAGGCUUUCACCUGCCUGAACCAAAUCGAGUCAGAUUGAGUAGCCACUGAUCACCAAACAGGCAGAUAAGCAGGUAGGCAGCGGGUAAAACAAUAGCAGCGCUGCUGCUGCCUACCUCAGUUAGUUUUGUGCUGUAUGCCGCACGGCAUCGUGCCGAAAUCAGUUCGUCGUGCCCAUCAUCAUCACCAUCAUUGGGGGUUGUUGUGUUUGGUGUACAGUGGUCCGUGUGGUGUUCAGUGUUUUGUGAGGAAAAAGAGAGAUAGGGAAAGAAAACAGGCCGACGACAACGACAGCAGCAGCAGCGGCUGGACCAGCAGCAGCAGCAGCGAAAAAACAGGCGACGACGAACAAGCUUCUCCACGCUAGAAGCGGAACAGUUCCUCUAUUCACAUCAUUCAUUCGACUACAACAGAUUCUAUCAAUACAACAAACACGAUUGCUCGACCAUCACGAAUAGAAUAUCUACUAUACAAUAGCUACAAAUGCUAGCCUCUUUGGUAUAAUACGGUAAUCAUUUUAUUUGGCCUUAUACUACUACUCUACGAAUACACCGCGACGGCUGCACAGAUAGAGUCAUCUUUAUUUCACUCGGUCUGUUUACUAUCUGCCUGGGUGAGUGUGUUUGCUUACGCUGCGUCUAUUAGUGGCAGCGGCUACGGCUACGGCGACGGCUUUUGCGCGAUAUCUGAGCGAACUUCAGUGAGGUGAUCGUAGAAAGAUAGAGGGAGUGCGAAAUCAGCAGUAGUUAGAAAAAGAAAACAAAUCAACGAUAAGCAGAAGAAAUAGUAGAUCGAACGUGCGUGCGUCCGUGUGGUUAUCAGCCGAUCGGAGUGUGGAGUGUUGUGUCGAUUGGUGCUUUUCGUGAGAUUCGUUCACGAGGAAUCGCCAGUGUAAAAUAUAGAGAAGAAAAAAGAUAUUGAGUAUCAAAAAAAAAAAUAAAAAAGAAGAUCAUCCAAUCCCGUCUUGUUGUCGUAUCGCGUCUUGUCUUCUUGUUUCGUAAGUCGACCCAGUUGGCCCGGGAGCCCGGCAGAGCGGCGAAUGCCUAUGGGGGACUACGGAAGCCUGACCACAGGCGAGGUGCGCUCGCUGAGCCCCAGCUUUCCACAGCCACAGGUCACCUCCCCGAGUAGCCACAACAGCCAUGGCAGCCACUCGUCACAAAGCCCGUCGCAGAAUGGCUCGAGCGGCACUCCUGUCGGAACACCUGGCGAAGGCCGUCCAGGCGCCAGGGAGACAAGCGUACAGAAUUCGUUGUUCUACGAUGCUGACAGCGAAGCGCUAUCGGUCGCGAACGGUUCCGUGGGAUCGGUAGGUCUCGACGGUAAAUGCAGCGUCAAGACCGGCGUGGGAGGUGUUGGUGGUAGCGGUGGCGGCGGGGGCGAGCCAGAUGGCUCUGACGAACUCUGUCCAGGUGGAGGAGUGCCGGGUCUUGGAGUGGCUGGAGUUCCAGGCGCGAAUUAUUGGUCAAGCCUGGAUUGCUCAUCCAGCGAUCAGCUGACCGGCAACGCCAUGAACUCGAUGAACGGUGGACUGAACGGCCUCAAUGGAGCGCUCAGCCCGCAGGCGAUAUUUCAACGGCGAGCGAUUACCGGUGGCGGCGGUAGCAACGGCAGCGGAGGCGGUGGUAGUGGUGGGGGCAAUGGGGCAGGCGGCGGAGGGGGGCAUUCUAGCCCCAGCUCGCUCGUUGGCAAUAUGUCGGUGUGUUCGAAUGGUACGGGUUCGAUGGCCGGCCUUGGCGGGUCGCAGGGUUCGCGACUAACGGUGAACACGUCCGGGUCUUCGAACCUGUUCGGCGCCUACUCCGACUGGUCAACCAACAGCCAGCACGGCGGAGGACAGCAAACAACAGCAUGGUCAUCGGGCAACGGGCUUGCAUGGCCCCCACAAAAACGGCUGCUGAAUUCGGUAAGCUCGGUGUCGAGUUCGCCAGGUGCAAGUGCAGGCGGUACAGGUAGUGCAGGUGGACUGAUCAAAAGUCCAAGUCAGCAGGCCGUGGGUCAGCCAACUGGCCCAAACUCAACUUGUGCCCCAGGACCAAAGGGUAGCAUUAUAUCACCAUCGAAAUUUCGACGCAGCACCACCCUGCCUAUGACGAAACCCGGAUUCCAGUCGUUUGCCGAUUUUCAGGACCAGGACCUUAGAAGCCAUGACAUCAUCAAUUUCCAGGAUCGCCAUACGCUGGGUCUUGGUGGGGGCAGUAGCGGUAGCAACGGCUGCGGCACCGGACCUCUCGAUAACCUGCGUUUCCCAUUCGAACAACAGCUCAUGGAGAUGAUGCGGCCUUCCGCAUCCUCGGCCACCGCCAAUGGACAACAACAGCCCACUCUACAGGAUCAUGCGCAGGACCAUUUCAAAGGUUAUGUGAACUACAAUAAUUUAAACCAGCAGCACGGGGGUCCAGGCGGGGGCCUGUCGGACAUUGAAGGGAGCCAUGUCUUAUCAUCAAGUGGAAUGGGUAUCGCCUGUCACAGUCCCCAUAGCCCAGCUGCUGUACAGCAGCAACAACAGCAGCAACAGCAACAACAACAGCAGCAACAACAACAGCAGCAGCAGCAGCAGCAACAACAGCAGCAGCAGCAGCAGCAACACACAGAUCACUCACCUUUCCCAUCGCAGUACAAACGCUUUCCUUGUAGUAGAGCCCAUCAAAUGCGCGGAUAUGGACACGCUAGGGUAUCUCAGCGCGGCGGAUGGGCGGGGGGAGUAACACGCGUGGGUGGAAAACCACCUUUUUUCUCGGGGCUGGACUCCAACGGCGACCUGCUGGACGUCAACGGGGGAUGCGGUGAUCUCGGAAAUGGUCACGGAAGCCACGGGGGACCCGUCGAUUCCCACGGCAUGCAUCAUCAUCAUCACACGCCGAACAUCUCAGCAUCCGUAGCAGCAUCUCUCAGAUGUUCGCCCAAGUCGUCGGUGGGAGGUCACCAUCAUAGCGCAGUGGGUGGCGGAGGCGGUGGAGGUGGUGGUGGAAGCAACCUCGGGGAGAGCUACUCGCGCAAAGUAUUCGUAGGAGGUUUGCCCCCCGACAUUGAUGAAGAAGAAAUCACAGCCAGCUUUCGACGCUUCGGCGCACUCGUUGUUGACUGGCCGCACAAGGCCGAGUCCAAGUCUUACUUCCCACCCAAAGGAUAUGCCUUCUUGUUGUUCCAGGAUGAGCCUUCAGUUCAGGCUCUAAUCGACGCAUGUAUCCAGGAAGACGACAAGUUGUACCUGUGCGUAUCCUCACCUACCAUUAAAGACAAGCCUGUCCAGAUCAGGCCCUGGAGGCUGUCCGAUGCUGACUUUGUUCUCGACGCCUCUUUACCCCUUGAUCCGCGGAAAACUGUCUUCGUUGGGGGCGUGCCACGGCCUCUGAAAGCUGUGGAACUAGCAAUGAUCAUGGACCGACUAUAUGGCGGUGUGUGCUAUGCAGGCAUCGAUACUGAUCCUGAACUCAAAUACCCAAAAGGCGCUGGCCGAGUGGCAUUCUCCAACCAACAAAGCUAUAUAGCAGCUAUUUCGGCUCGUUUUGUCCAACUUCAACACGGCGAUAUCGAAAAAAGGGUGGAAGUUAAGCCGUACGUUCUAGACGAUCAGAUGUGUGAUGAGUGCCAGGGAGCCCGCUGUGGUGGGAAAUUUGCACCGUUUUUCUGUGCCAACGUCACCUGCUUGCAGUACUACUGUGAGCACUGCUGGGCCACGAUUCACUCGCGACCUGGGCGGGAGUUCCACAAACCGCUCGUCAAGGAGGGCGCCGAUCGCCCGCGCACCGUACCAUUUAGGUGGUGCUAGACCCCGGUAUCGUAGACACCCUAACAACACAUCAGUCUGCGAACCAAUUGCCUACGCAAUAUACCUAUACUAAUGACAACUACAGCGAAGAUCAUAAAGCAUGGAGAACAAUCCAUGUGACGCAAGCAGCAAACGCAACGUAAAAUACUUAGCGUACUGGGUGCCGCCCGUCGCCUCUGAACAGGUAUUCAACAGGAGGUCAGUGGCGUUGCAAAGGACUCAAAACAACAAUGACAACAACGGACUUUCAAACAGUAUGUUAUCGAUUGUACCGGGUCACGAGUUCUUAUUUAAAAAAUCUGCACAUCUGUAUACAGGCUUCGCGCUCUCAGCGCAGAGAAUACGGCGUACUCGGCUAAGCUGAUCCGUCUAACUAUUCUCCACAAUGGUAUUCUGGUAGAAAAAACACAGGAAGCCGUCACAUCAGGCAACUGCUGCGUAGACUGGACGCUGACGGAAGUCUAAGCCAGCCGAGCCGCGACUAAAAUAGAAUUUCCCGUCCGCCUGAACAUGCAGCGGGACAAGAGAGGCCGCUAACACAUGCCGACCAUCGAUUUUUACUAAUAACUAAUCCUACUGCUACUAUUGAUACUAAAUUAAUGCCAAUAAUCUAAUGGUGAUAGAUAUUUCGAUGUUACACAGCUGAGAGAAGAACUCUUAUCUUUGUUUCCGACAUAAACAAACCCGUAUCCUUCUAUCGCAAACGAAAAGCACAAGCUAAACGCCUCAGAAGAGGUAGAUCAGGUGGGGUCCACAUGUACCCCGUCGCGACCCAGUUUGUCAGCGCCGGCGGUGGUCCAGUUGGCCCUUUGAAACGAAACGUUUUUGAGGAUUUGGUCAAAGCGAGAUCUUACUCAAAAAGCAAAAGCAAAAAGUAAGCGAACUCAGAGAAUCAGCAAACACUCUCGUCUACAGAAACAGCAAUUAUUACAGACGACAACCAUGAUAGCACAAUGAUAACACUAUGUAGUAUAAUAAAACGAUGAAAUAGCUGGCAGAGAUGCACAUAUUCAGGGCACUGGCACCAUCGCUGCGAUAUGAUUUUGUUAGUUCGUAGCAACAGUACCGUGUACUAUGUACGCUCUCAUACUGACCGUAAUCCCUCCCCAGUCGAAUUCAGAUGAAGUAGGAAAUCAACGUGGAGCGGAUGUGGCCAGCAUCAAGUGACAAACGAACAUACUAUAGGAAAAUACUUGCAGAAAUAUGGCCGAGCUGAGAGAGCGCGUCCAAAAGCGAAAUCAAGAAAAAAAAAGCUAAAAGAAGGGAAUUCAUAAGUGAAAAAGGUGAACUGGUGCCCCCUAGAGAAACGCGUCGCGAGCGCACCGCCGCCGGCCUAAAGGAGCCGACGUCAGCGGGACCAAGUCCCGACUGGCUUGGCUCCCAGCCUCCUUGUGAUGACAUCAUGUUUUUGUAACUUAUAAUUAUUUAUUUUCUAUAAUACUUACCGUAGAUAGCGUGGAUAUGAGCAAGCAUCUACAUAUAUACACAUGUGUAUAGAUGAGAAUCACCUUGAUAAUGUCUGGGGGUAACGUCGCCAGCGAUUCGAAAGAACGGGAUACAGAAACUCGGAAACGAGUGAAGACGAUGCUCAUAUAUCAGAUGAAAAUAAACCUGAAACAUGGCACGUCAUAUAAUUAAUGAGUGGGAGGCGGAGGAUAACAAAUACCACCACUAGAAAUAAAUAGCUAAUUGCUCGUGACACACGGAAAGGAAGAAAAAGAAUGUUGAAACGAAAAGAUCAAGGAGAGUGCUCCUUCUUUGUGACAAACAGGAGUCACCUGCUCUGCUACUGGCGAAAGCGUUUUCACGAAUAGACGAUGCUAUCAGACGGCAGAGGCUAAAAUCGUCUCGUCUAGGCAAGACGUCAAACGACAACGGUUGACUCCAAUUCAAGUUUAAUAACGUGCAAUGAAGGUCGAAUGAUGGCGGCAAGCGCCUGGUCUGACCUAAUUCACCUGCGCCAGAUGUCGUUAAGUUACAGGUCGUACCAGCUUUGAUCCUUGCACGACUUUCGCUAAAAACGGUAAAGUGGAACGACAGCCACGGCAUCAUAACUUAUGGUGGUGUCUAUCCAAAAAAAAAAUAGAGCAAGACCGUACACAACUUAUGCGUAUACCACAUGACAAUGGUGAUAAUGAUGAUAGCGAAAACGUGACAUUAAUCAAGGGAAAGAACGACAAUUUCAGAAAUCUCCUAUAGCAUAUAGGUAACCCGACGACACAGCAGCGGGUUAUUACUGUUUGUAUUGAUUGGUUGAUUGCGCGAUUCAAUAUUGAGUCAUUGAUUGAACUAAUUGGUUAUUGAUUACUAGUAACUAAUCGUAGUGACUUUGAUCCAACUUUCCUGAAAAACCCCCCUAGAUCCACUACCCCAAUUUUUGCCCCCAUAUACCUACCUGUUCCUUGUCUCUACCCAGCCAUGACUAAUAUAUAUAUAUAUAUAUAUAUAUAUAUUAACACACUUAUAUACGAUAGAUGUUACAACUCGAUUUCUGCGCCAAUGGAACCGACCGAUCUAAGUCAGAUUGCCGCGAUCAGACAAAGCGAUAGCUGGCUGAUCACUCCAGCCGGUUAGACCGUCUGUUGUCCGUCCGAACGGCAAAUUUCGUGUGAUAGCAUUUUUAUAAUAAAAAAAUCAACACAAACGACGAAAAAGGUGACGACUGGUUAAUUCUUGAUGGUUCAUCGACACACUCACAUAGACACUAAUUGAAUAUUUAACAACCCAAUGAAGGUCGAUGAUUACCGCAGCAGGUACUCAUAUAUUUCCACUACUAAGACAACUUAGAAUUGCUGCUAAUGGAUUCGUUGUGAAACAACUUGAAAUAUUGAACGGCGCGUUGAUAUAAUAAAACACAGACAUGGACGCAAGCAAGCGAUUAGUGCAAUAGUGGUUCACCAUUGUUGACGAACAACAGCAAAAACACGGUAUAGACGUGCAACUCGAUUGAGCUCCAGCAUCAGUUGCAAAGGGCCUGCCAAGGCGACGACGUCAAACCAAGGUCAUAUAGCAGCGAAACGGAAAAAAAUAAGAAAAAUGAAAUCCGGGAUACAAUACGCGACGAAGAAAAACGGACAUCAACUAGCAAAGAAAAUGACGACUCAAAAAGAGCCAGAUGUUGCAAGCACAUGCAGUGCUGAGCAACAUUGUGAGAAUCCAUGCAACUUUUUCCCAUCCACUUCUUCGAUUUGUGUGGGUAAUAGCAUGUCGUACUAGAAUGCAGAGCGGGGCAAAUGAAGAGUUUAUCUAUACGCUAACAAAGACAGACAAAAAAAAGGUAUAUUGAGGUAAGCGUGGCCAUUCCACCAGUGUCAAGCAGUAAUUGAUUGUUCUCUUGUAUCGACCUUUGCUAACCUUCCACGUAUAUAUAUAUAUAUAUAUAUAUAUAUAUAUAUAU